AUGUGCCUCGCCAAUUUCGGACCAUUAGAGGUGUUCGCGUGGACCUCUAGCUGUCUCGCCCGCUUGAUUCUAUUUGAUAAGAUGGCGACCACCGUCCAUGAGAAGAUCGUCGGUAGUAUUACGCAAUAUGAUCAUAUUGACCAUUCGUCGCUUUCAAAAUCUGCAACGGCAGAUAAGGAUGAUGUCAAAGGCCGUGACUUCACCAUUGACGAGAAGAAUCUUCCCAAGGGAUACUUCUACAGCCCAUCAUUCCUCGGGUCUAUGGUCGCUAUAGGCUUGAGCUUCGCUUGUGGUGUAGGUGGCUUCGGAUUCGCUGCUCCUAUCCUCGGGUUUAUAAAUGCGGACCUAGGACCCGAUCCUAACAUCACCUGGGUAGCACUCAGUUACUUACUGACCAGUUCGAUUGGUCUCAUACUUGUUGGUCGCCUCACGGACAUUUUUGGACGCCGCUGGUUCUUCAUCAUUGGCAAUUCUAUCGCCUUGAUCGGCAGUAUUGUUUGUGCUAUAGCUCCCAACGUACCGGCUUUGAUCGCUGGAGAAACACUAGUUGGUAUUGGAGCCGCCGUGCAACUCUCUUACGCUUUCGUCGUUGGCGAAAUUGUGCCGACUAAAUAUAGGUUCCUGGCCACUGGCUUUGUGUUCUGUUGGGCGAUUCCAACCAGCGGCUUUGCGCCAGUAAUAUCUAUCUACUACCUCCUCACCGCCCUCAAUGCCGCUGCCACACUCGCCUGGUACUUGUUCUACCGUCCUCCGUCGUUCAGCAUGAAGCACGGUUCUGGUCACAAAAUGAAGUUCGUCAAGGACUUUGAUUACGUUGGAACUUUCCUCGUAACGAUGGGACUGCUCUUGUUCCUUAUGGGGCUUUCUUGGGGUGGAGCUCUAUACCCUUGGAAUAGUGGCCAUGUCAUUGGCACCAUCGUCGUUGGCUUUAGCCUUCUCGUUUUAUUCGUUCUCUACGAGACUUUUGUGCCAUUGAGGGAGCCCCUGCUCCCGAUGCACCUCUUUAAGAACCGCGGAUGGGUCAUAUCGGUCAUACUCUGGUCUCUAGGUGCCGCUGUCUACUACGCAAUGGCUAUUCUUUGGCCAAGCAUGGUAGCUAGUCUAUAUGCAAGUGGUCACGGCAACAUGUGGGCAGGCUGGGCAUCGUGCGUAUCGAACUCGGGAAUCUUGGCUGGUGAAAUUGUUGGCGCUCCGUUUCGCAAAAAGACAAACUACCAAAUCAUGGCAGUGUUUACAAUAGGUAGCGUAUUUCUAGGAGCGGCCGCUUCCUGUAACCCUGAUACACCCAUCAGAGCAAUGUUACUCAUAUUCUUUGCCUCAUUUUUCAUCGGCUGGAACGAGAUCCUGAAUAGCGUCGUCGCCACGAUCAGUAUCGACGAUCAGCGAGAGAUUGGCACCGCUACUGGAGUUGCUGGCUCCUCGAGGUCGUUUAUUUCAACAAUCUGCUCCACUGUCUAUACGGUCAUCCUCUCCAACCGCCUCGCUCAAACCAUCCCAGCUCAAGUACCGCCAGCACUAGUCCAAGCGGGCCUCCCCGAAACGUCUGUUCCAGCGUUCAUUGCUGCUAUCACUGCCGGCGAGACGGCGUGGGAAGCCGUUGUAGGUCUUACCCCCGCUAUCCAAGCUAUUGGCAUCAGAGCAUAUCAGGAGGCGAGUUCAGAUGCUUUCAAGACUGUCUUUCUGAGUACCAUCGCGUUCAGUGGCGUUGGAAUCAUCUUGACUAUCUUUGCGCCCAAUGUAGACCAUCUGCUUACCAACGAUGUCACGGUGACGCUGCAUGAGAAAGCCACAGAAGAUAUUGUAGGCGCGCAUGCGAAAGUUGGGAGUGCGGAAGAAAGGGUGUAA